GCCAUGAGCGCGCUGGACCUGGCCCGGGUGGGCGCGUGCGUGCUGAAGAACGCGGUGACCGGAGAGGCCGUGGAGCUACGGAGCCUGUGGCAGGAGCAGACGUGCGUGGUGUCCGGACUGCGGCGUUUUGGCUGCAUGGUGUGCCGCUGGAUCUCCCGGGACCUCAGCAGCCUCAAGGGGCUCCUGGACCAGCACAACGUGCGCCUGGUGGGCGUGGGGCCCGAGACCGUGGGUCUGCAGGAAUUCUUGGAUGGCGGCUACUUCGCGGGAGAGCUCUAUCUGGAUGAGACCAAGCAGUUCUACAAGGAGCUGGGCUUCAAGCGGUACAACAGCCUGAGUAUCCUGUCCGCUGCCCUAGGGAAGCCAGUGAGGGAUGUGGCCGCCAAGGCCAAGGCUGCCAACAUCCAGGGAAACCUGUCUGGGGACCUAUUGCAGAGUGGAGGGCUGCUGGUGGUCAGCAGAGGUGGUGAGAAGGUACUACUGCACUUUGUCCAGAAGUCCCCAGGGGACUAUGUUACCAAUGAGAGACUCCUUCAGAUCCUGGGCAUCUCUGCAGAGGGCCAUGCCAGCGAGCCGCCCCAGUGUGACGAGGAGGUAUGUGGAAGGUGA